UUCGUCACAUCAAUCAAAGUAAACAGUAUACUACAGUAUACUACAGUAUACAGUACAGCAUGAACAACAGAUAGGACUUCAAUCCAUCGGGUGUAGGAGUUCUCAAGAAUCGGCGAGGCUCUAAAAUUGGGAAUGUCCAGACGGGUGUUUACCUUUAGUAUAAAAUCAUUCCGGUUUUUUCAAAGAACUCCGAUCCACCCAUUUUACCAACUUUAUUCUGGUGGCGCUUCUCGAGGAGUUUCCCUUAGGAGUUUCUGCGAUCGUCAGGAGCCCCGAAGAAUGGAUCUGCCAGAGGGAGUACUGAUGGGUUUUGGCAACCCCCUGCUGGACAUCACCUGCACCGUGGAAGAUAAUGUUAUCCUGGAGAAGUACGGCCUGGAAGCGAAUGCCGCGAUCAUUGCUGAUGAAAAGCACGAUGCCCUGUUCGAUGAACUGAUGAACAUGGAGAACGUCAUCUAUUCGGCGGGCGGAGCCUGUCAAAACUCGAUGCGGAUCUUCCAGUGGAUCGUGCAGACUCCAUUUCGAGCCGUAUUCGUGGGGGCCGUGGGCAAGGAUAAGCUGGGUGACCGCAUCGAAAAGAGGGCCAAAGCCGAUGGCCUGCUUACCCUCUACCAGCUGAAGGAAGAGCUGCCGACAGGCUCUUGUGCGGUGAUCAUCAACGGCCCAAACCGCUCCUUGGUGGCCAACUUGGGGGCUGCCUCUCUCUUCAACGACGACUGGAUUGACGAGGAGGAGAACCUCUGCCCCUUGGAUCGUGCCGAGUACUUCUACUUCACGGGCUUCUUUCUGGCCGUUUGCCCUCCUGCCGUCGAGCGGGUGGCAAGGAUGUGCAGCGAGACCAAUCGAAUUAUGAUCCUCAACUUCAGCGCCGUGUUUGUGCUGCAGAUGCAAAAGGAAGCCCUGGCCAACAUCCAGCCGUACGUGGAUAUAAUCAUCUGCAAUAAGGAAGAGGCCAUUGCAUACAGCGACUCCAACGACUGGAAGACGAAGAAUAUCUUUGAGAUCGGCUCUCGGCUGCAGAAAAUGCCCAAGGCAAAUAUCCGACCCCGACUGGUUAUGAUCACGGAUGCGGUGUGUCCUGUUCUCGUCUUCCAGGAAAACGAUCGCGUUCUUGAAUACCCUGUUCCGCCCGUAAAACAGGGCGAGGUCUUCGACACCAAUGGUUGUGGCGAUGCCUUCGUCGGCGGAUUCCUGGCCAUGUACGUCCAAAGGAUGCCCCUGGAUUACUGCAUCCGAACGGGUAUAUUCGCAUCCCAGCAGGUCCUACACGUGGUCGGUGUUCAGAUAGAUAAGCUGCCAAAGUUCAGCGAGAAAUGCAUAUGAAGGGGAUCGAUUCUGAUUGUGUUUAUUGCAAAAUUUAUCAAGUGACGAGUUCUUUUAGGACCUUAAAUAAAUUUUAAAGUUUUUAAUAUGCUA